UUGGCAGAAGUCGCCGACGUAGACUUGCGUGAACCCGAGGAAUAUCCCAAACCGGUUGCAGAGACAGAGAGAAUUCGUGCCGGGGCACAGAUGUUAAACGAGGCGGCCAAUCCGCUCAUUUGGGCCGGCGGUGGGAUAAUUUCAUCCCGCGCCCAGGAAGCACUCCUUCGUGUGGCUGAACACCUGCAGGCCCCGAUAAUUACCACCCCCGAGGGUAAAGGGGCAAUUUCCGAACGCCAUCCCCUGGCCUUGGGCUCCCACCGGUUGCGUAACGAUCCUGUGGCAAAGGAAGAACCGCACUUUGACACUAUACUGGCCGUGGGCACCAGGAUGGCCAACCCGGUCUGGCUAGGUGGGCAGCGAGUCGUACAAGUUGAUAUUGAUGAGGCCGAGCUAGGCCGAAACUACGAAAACACCUUUGGCAUCCACGGUGACGCCCGCCAGACCCUGGAAAGCUUGUACGAAAACCUUGUGCAGCUAAGCCCAGCCCGGGAAAGCCGCGAGGAAGAAUUCAAUGCUCUGCGCCAGCGCCGGUCUGAAACUGCAAUACGCGUGGAACCCCAGGACUCCAUUGUGGCGACCAUUAGAAACGUAAUGCCGGAAGACGGAAUUCUCAUCUCCGGCAUGACUCAGAUCGGGUAUUACAGCCGAGCCUUCUUUCCCGUAUAUGAGCCGCGCACCUUCCUCACUUCGUCCUACGCUGGUAAUUUAGGUUACGCCUAUCCGGUGGCGCUGGGAGCCAAGGUUGCCCAACCCGAUAAGGCGGUGGUCGCAGUUUCUGGUGAUGGCGGCUUCCUUUUCAACUCCCAGGAGUUGGCGACGGCAGUGCAGUACGGGAUAAACGCCGUCGUUAUUGUUUUCAACGACAACGCCUACGGAAAUGUCUUGCGGGAUCAGGUCAAUCGUUUUGAGGGAAGGGUUUACGGGGCGGCGCUGCACAACCCGGACUUUGUGAAGUUGGCGGAAGCCUACGGCGCACGAGGAGUAAGGGCUGGCAUUGACCAGUUGGAGGGUGCGCUGGCGGAGGCUCUCGCCGUCGACGCUCCCACAUUGAUUGAAGUGCCGGUGCAGGCUAUGCCCACGCCCUUCGAAUAG